GCUGCUGCCCCAGGCUGCGGCGAGCCCCCGAGCGGCGCCGGCGCCGGGCUCAGCCCCGGGGCGGAGCUGGCGGCGGCGCGGAGCAGAGGAGGCGGCGGAGAGGAGGCGCCGCGGCCGCCGCCCAGAGCCGGGGCUGGCGCGGGGCAGCGAGGCGCGGGCGGCGGAGCGGCGGCAUGCGGCGGGGCCGGGGCGCAGGGCUGGCGGGGCUGGCCGCGCUGCUGCUGGUGGCUGUGGGCAGAGCCCAGGUGCAGCAGGAGCCGUCGGCAGAGACCACCGAGGACACCGGCAUCGCCAUCAGCUGCUCACACCCCAGCAUACGGACAGAAGAGUCGAUAGUGUGGUACCGCCAGCUCCCGGGCCGAGGUCCCGCAUUCAUCACGAGCGGUCACAAAGGGUCCAGAGAGGUGCAGGACCCUCCGGGGCGGAUGUCGGUGGCGGCAGACCGCCGGUCCAGCGCCCUGUGGCUCGCCCGGCCCCGGCGCAGGGACGCGGCGGUGUAUUACUGCGCCGUGGGAGACACGGGGCUCGGAGCCGGGGCUGCGGCCGGGCACGAACCUCGGCGGCCGGGGCCGGGCGUGUGUGUCGGGGGCGGGGGGACAGCCCCGGCCGGGCCCGCCAGGGGGCGCUGCCGCCUCGGCCCGCCCGGCCGCGGGCGCUUCCCGCCACCGCCUGCGGCACCGGCACCGGCACCGGGAUCAGCGGGUGCCCCUUGCAGUCGCUGCCCGGGCUCAGCACCUCUCCUCCUCGAGGGCUGCUGCGCAUCGGUGCUCCGAGGCAGCAAACAGCCGCGCUUGGGCCGCGCUGCACGGGGAGCCUGAGAGGGUCUGUGCAAGGCAGCGGGGCGCAGCGUGUUUCCCACCACGCGCUCGUGCUUGCCCAGCACGGGGUCAGAGCCUUGCGGGUACCGUGGCGUCCCCUG